AUGGAGCAACAUGAUAAGUACGGCAGUUUUGUCAGGAUUGCUCCUAAUCAUGUUUCUAUCAAUGACCCCUCUGCUGUUACUCAGAUUUAUGGUCAUAAGACUGGCUUUACGAAGAGCGACUUCUAUGACGCCUUCGUACAAGUGAGGCCGGUUCUUUUCAAUGCUCGCGAUGGCGCAACGCACACGAGAAAGAAGAAAUACAUGAACCCAGCCUUUUCCGCGAGAGCACUAACCGAAUUUGAGCCUCACAUGAACGUUGAACUGCUAGCCUGGAAGCGCCAGCUACUUAGGUUCCACAAAGAGGUAGAGGGACGUGUUGACUUUGUGGUGUGGACAAAUUAUCUUGCCUUUGAUGUUAUCGGAAGUUUUUCUUUUGGCAGGCCGUUCGGCUUCAUCGAGAAGGGUAACGACCCGUACAAUCUAAUUCGGACUAUCGAUAUGCGUGGAGAAGUCCUCAACGCCCUUGGUUCUUUAACUCCCUGGCUAAGGCCAUUCAUGAAAUAUUACUUUCUGGAUCCAUUCUGGCCUUCUGGAUUGAAGGCUACCGCUAAUCUGGAAAAGAUUGGUCGCGAGGCAUUCCUCCUGCGUAAGGAAAGUGCGGAUGAUCGUCGUGAUCUUCUCAGCUAUCUCUUCGCAGCAGCAGAUGCAAAGAACAAAGAUCCAAUAGACGAAAACGAGAUCAUUGCGGAAUCCAUCAGCUUCAUCGUUGGAGGUAGCGACACCACCAGCAGCACCAUGACCAACUUCAUUGACAUGGUCUCCCGCGAUCCUACAAUACAGUCGCGACUUCAGCAGGAACUCGACGAGGGAUUUCCAGGUGAACAGGCUGAUGACUGGGUUCCUGAAGAGGGUCAAGUUGCCAAACUUCCGUAUCUGGUUGCAGUUUUGCGAGAAGUAAUGCGACUCCGACCUACGAGUGCAACUGGCCUAGAACGAAUAACUCCUGCGGGAGGGAAAAUGGUGGCAGGAAAGUUUAUCCCCGAAGAGGUGAGGGCAGAUUGA